GCAUUUUCGCGAAUCGGCACUACGUUCACGUUAAUUGCAGCGGCAUCAUUUUUGCUUGAUUUUAAAGGAUUUUUUUUCGGUGAAAAUAGGGACAUUAGUGCUUGGCUUGGUGCGCCCAAUGGGUAUACAUUCCCUCCGCUAGGCAACCGAUGAGUUUUUUACACCUUUCGUGACCACUUUUGGCGAACCGCGGCGCAGUUCACAUAUGCACAUCGAGCGACGCACAUGAGAAGUGUAACAUGGAGGACAUAGAAUACCUAGACGAGUACAAAGACUUGGUGCUGCCAGGGAUCAAAACGGGGGCUCCGCCAGCUUCCUCUGCCGGCGGCUCGCGGCAGCGUCGCAUUUCGUCAGACUCGAGCAACUCGUCGUCGAUCGAUGCGGACAUAUUCCAGAAGCUUUUCCACGGCAAGUACCUCGACGACGAUCUGCUCGAUGAGGGCUCUGGCUCCAAGCCGCAGGACAGGCGACGCCAACUUCCGUCCCCCUCAUCCUCCAGCGACGAUUCCAACGAUGCCCUUGAAGCGCUAUUCAGCCGCAAGAGCAGCAAAUACAAGCCGGUUAGGAGGCGCGAGCGCUACGAGUCCUUCGAUUCGGUGGACGACCUGGGCGAAGCCCUAAUGCGUCCCUCGCAGAGGCCGACUGUACUCAAGCCCGGUACCUCACAGGCGGGUGCCAGGAAAUCGUUCGGCGAAGCCCCACAUAAGAGCCACAGCAGCAGCAGCAGCAACUUUGCCAGGAAGCAGCUGGCUCCUACCUCAGCUAAAAUUUCUGGUAAUCGUAGUCCCAAUGCUAGAAACAAGAAUUCCACCUCAACGGCAACCAAUUCGUCAGCAUCUUUGAAUGGAACUAGUCUGGCAUCCGCCAAAAAUAAGACAGUUACCAUUAUAAAGGCCCAGAAAACAGAUCUGACGCCUCCUCAGCAUGAGCCAAAAACGGAUCCUUUAACCUUGGGAGGUUUGUAUGACGACUCAGACAGCGAUUCGUCAUACGAAUACGAAUCAGACUUUUAUGGUGAUCGCGAUUCGGAGGACGAGGAGGCCGAGCCGGUGAUCGACAUAUCAACGGACACAAGCAGGACCACAUCGGUGGCGGACACUGUGACACCUGUUGUUUCCGACGACGAGGGCCAGGAGAUGCAGAUCGAGCAGAAAGAGCAGAAUGCGCGUCCUGAAAAUGAUCAGGAGUCUGUUUUGAGCUGCGUCUAUGAGCGCCUGCAGUUGUACUUGAGUAAUCUCAGUUGCGCAGAGGCGCCGCCAAUCUAUAAGAAACAGAACAGUGCUAGGAAAUCCCGCUCCAACGAAAAGAAACCCUCUUCCUCCGAACAGGUUAAGCAUGCUAAUAAGCAAUCAGCGGCCAGUGACAAGGAGGAGGCGGAGGAAAAGGAGCGGGACCUAGGGCCGGAGCCACUGGAGGCCAGCAGCAGUGCCAAAUCCUCGGCCAGCAAGGUCAGCGCCAGUCGCAAGCUGUACGACGUCGAUGACAGUGUCACGCUUGAGGCGGUUGAGCGCAUGAGCCUUGACUUGGCCGAGCAGAUCUUGGAGAUCGAUGUGGAGCGGUCAUACGAGUACGAAAAGCGAUCUGGAUCAAAGACGCGUAGCAGAUCAAGAUCAAAGGUCCCAGCGGAUUCGGACAAGAGCCACGUGCGGAAACUAACCUACUCCAGCGAACGACUCGAUAACCCUGAACCCUCGGGGACAAAACUGCGGCGCUCCAAGAGCGAGUCUUUCCCAAAGCGAGGACGCUCUCGGAGCCAAAAGCAGCGUAAAAGUCGAGCUGCCACCACAGAGGAAAAGACCCUUAAUGCCCGUGAAGGGGAGGAACUGCCGGUCAAGCGGAAACGCGGAAGGCCACGUAAAAAUGUUACAAAAGAAGAAACGCCACAAGAUGGUUCUCCUAAAAAUGCAACCGAAAGCUUGGAUAAAGAAAUUCCUCUCCCAAUAGGAGUGAGCGAAGUAGAAGAGACCAAGGAGACGGUCAAUUUGGAAGAGGCACUAGAACAGGAUGAACUGAAUGCAGAGGUAGACAAAGCCAAAGAGUUUACAGGAUUGGAAAACUUACCCCAGAAUGAUAUUAAUGCUAAAACGGAUCUCAAAAGUGCCCCGGACUUGGAUGUUGAGAUGGAUGAAGAGUCUGGUGGUAAUAUGGAAAAAGAACCGCUUCCUACACUUGACACAUCUACCGAAACAUUCGAUACCGCACAGGAUAACAACGAAAUAAGCGAACGUGCAGCUAAUCUAAAUGAUUUGGAAGGCAAAGAUUUAAAUUCAGGAAAAGAGGAAACUCAGAAGGACAUCGGCAUUAAAGACAUGGAGCAUUGCCAUGACGCUGCAAUAAAGGAGAUUACGGAAUUGCAAAAUGCCAUUGAUGAUACUGAAGAAGUUGAAUUACCAGCUGUACUUGUAAGUGCUAAUAUAGAGGCAAUGGAUGCCCCUGGAAAUAUACUUGAAGAAAGCGAUUCCCAGCUGGCUGAGGACAUAAAAUUGGCCGAAGAGAUCUUGGCAGCAGAAGCUGGAAAAGGAAUUGAGGUAACAGUCGCAACAGUGCAGGGUGUGCAAAAUCCUGUAAUCGAGAUUGUCAAAGAGCUGGAGCUGGAAAUGAUUUCAGAAGCCGUGUCAAUACCACAAACAAACACGCAGACGGAAGAAACCUCUUCGGUCGAAGAGCAAUCUUUAGCUGGAGAACAAAGUCCAGAUGAGCAGACUUCAGUUGAUAAAGAGCCUCUGGCUAAUAAACAGACUUCAGAUGAUAAAAAGUCUCUAGUUAAAGAGCCAUCUACAACUGAGGAUGAGCAACCAGCAGAGGAGCAAUCUUCAAUUCCUGCGGAGGAGAACCAUCCCAAAGACAAAGGGGAAUCGCCUGCCGCAAAGGAACAUGAGCGGGAUAAGGAACCAGAUUCAGCUCCUAAGGAUGAGCCAUUGUCAUGUUCAGAGGUUCCUACAAGCCUUGCUACUCCAGGCAAGACAGGAAAUCCAUCUUCGCCAGCUAAUAAAUCGAGACAGCUUGAAGCUCUCGAAAAAUCCGUAGUGAGAAGGGCGCUAAGGUCAGAUAAAGCUACUCCCCAGAAGCAACGUGAAGGUCGGUCAAAGCAGGUACGGAGAAAACAACUUGAUCUGCUUAUGGGUGAGUCAUCGAGACGAAGCAGUCCAAGACUGGGAAAAUCGCCUGGGGAAAGCCAUUCCUCACAAGAACGCUCUCCGGCGGAAAGAAAUGUUAAAACAUCCAAGUUAGCUAAAGUAAAGAAAACUGCAGAAAAAGAGGAAGAGGUAGAGGAAAAAACCAUUCCAGCUGACACUGUACACGAUAAGGUGGUAGAGGAUGCCAAAACAACUGAAGACAAUUUAGUUGCAGAUACUUCAAAACAGGAAGAAGAUAAGCAGAGCUCUAGUGAGACUGAAAUUAAAAAGGCAAAGGGUAGGCCAUUGAAGUCAAAGAAAUCCAGAUGGACUCAAGGAGCAGAAACUAAAAAAUUAACUGCAAAUUCUAGCGAUGACAUUCCUUCUACUUCAAAGCGUUUUGAAGAAUAUUCCACCUCAAGCGAAUCAGAGCAGAAAGACGAAAGGGAAAAUCUGUCAGCUCUAGACCCACCAGUAGAUGAUGCCAAACCAGAUUUAGAAAAAUCUCAGGAAACUGAAACGCUACAUGUUAAAGAAAAAGCUUCCAAUCCUAGAAAAACUCGAAAAACGCUGCAGGAAAAAGCCAAACCCUGUAGCGAUACGCCCUCUGACCAUUUCGACGCUAAAAGUGAUGAGAAUCUUUCCAGGACUGUCACUGAUAAAGAAGAGCCAAUUUCCGCCAGAUUGGGCCGUAGAGACAAGGCUAUAAUUGAUGAGGCCAAAUCCCAGCAGGUAGAAAAUUCAUCUGCGAAAUCUCAGGCUACUGGAAAAAGAGUUAUUUCAAAAGAGAGGCUUUCCAAAAAGGAUCUGGCCGAAGAGCAGUCUAAAAAGUCGUUAGAAAGCGGCAAGGAAAUGAAGGAAAAAUCAAAAGGCGAGAUGAAAAAAGAAGAGAUGGAAGAAUGUGGUGACUCUGACAAUCAAAUUAAUGACAGUGAGAAGCUAGCUAAUGACAGUGAGAAGCUAACAAAUGACAGUCUAAGUGAAAGAGAAACAGACCCUGAGAAACUGUUGUUAAACGCCAAUUCCGUUCCGUUUGACCAAGAAUUGGUUCCAAUACCAAAAGACUCUGCACAGGAUGUUGCCUGUAAGAGUGACGAUAAAACACCUAAUAAGAAUAUUGACGAAUUCGAUCCAGAUGAUCACUCGGAGUUAGCGGAAAGCAAUAUACCUACAGCGUCUGAAUGUCCCACAGUCGUAAAGGAACCCGAACCGAAUGUAGGCGACUCUUCACAGGAUUUAGACCAGUCCAAAGCUUUAAAAGGAAAGUCCAAGAACAAGGGUAAGAGAAAUGACAAGAAACUCAAGGAAAGCAUUACUGAAUCUGGGAAGAAAAAGGAUUCACAGUCAAGUAUGGAAGCAGUUCAACCAUCAUCAUCUUCUGCACCGGAUGCCUCCGUUGAAAAAACGGAGCAGUCAAACGACAAACCAAAAAUCUCUGCUAUAGAAAGUGGAAGGAUAAGAAAACGCAGGCAGGCAGUAACUAUUGAGGAUCCCGAGGAUGCUUAUGAGAAUACUGAGCCUAACGAAGACGAUAAUCCUACCACUUCUAGUCAACAGGAACUUUUUGAACCUGAACCUCAUUUGCAUAUAGGAAAAGCACCAACGAAAACAUACCUGAUGAGUAAAAGAAUUAAACCCACGUCAUCGGCUUUAGAAGUUUCGAAAAAUGAACCGAAACCAGAUGAGUUGGAAAACAUUUCUGUAGAACAACUCAAAAGCAAAACUGAUCCGGAUACAAACGAAAUUCCAGCCGAAACGUCUACAGAAAAUACGGAGACCUUUCUCCCGACUACCUCAACGAAGAAUUCGCAACUAGAUUUACCCACCACUCCGACAACAAGCAGCGAACGAAACAAAAAGAACCUCAGUACAAAUAAGAAGUCCUCAAAAUCCAAACGCCGUGCUCCGAAGGAGGCUAAGAAAUCUGACAACUCUAUUGAGGAUAGUCCUAGCUUAGGUUCUGAAUCCUUAACCUCUACAAACCAAAAAGAACUAAGUACUCCCAAAGUCUCCUGUCGCAGGCUUCGCGUUCUGAUAAAAAGAACUCCCACUUCUAAUCUGCCAAAAAUAACAAGGAAAUCGUCCGUCCUAAAGAAAAUCCCCUUCAAGGCAAAACAAUUAAAGAAAAUUAUUGAGGGCAUGGAAGAAACUCGACAUUUAGAGCAAUGUGAUGAGACGGAAAUCGCCGAAACUAAUCCAGUGUCUAAUCCCAUCCAAGAAACGGUUUCCGUUCCCGAAACUAAACAAAUCCUAUAUGAAGAAGUUCCUAAAGAAACACCAGAGAAAGGAGAUAACGUUCCGAAGGAUGAACUUAAAGAUGAUCUAAAAACAGAAAAAUCAGAUAAGGCGGAUAAAAUCUCUGAGAACAAACUAAAAGAUGACGUAGAAGACGAAACUUCAGAGAAAGCGAAUGAGAAUGAACAAAAAGAUGAUCUACAAACAGAUAAUAACAAAUUCUCUGAAGUUGAAGGAACUUCUACCGAGGGUAAAGAAACUAUUACAUCGGAAUCCAGUGGGGUUGUCCUAACAAAUGAACCAACCGAUAAUGCUCAUGCUGAGCUUGAAUCCAAGAAAGAGGAAUUAAAUUCCAUAAGUAAGGAGUGGGAAACCUUAGAAGAGGAACCGCCCAAUGUGGAUGAAACCCCAAAAAGGGAAAAUCAAAAUGAGAAACAACCAGACCAAGAACCAAAUGAUGAAGUUUUGACAGAGAAAUCUGAACUUCCCGAGGAGGACAUUGAAUCCGAGGAGUUUUCUAACUUUGAAUCAGUUGAAUCCCAACCGGAAACUGAUGUAACGGAUGAUGAAGAGCCCGCUCAGAGCCCAAUCCCAGACUCAACGGAAACAACAAGUGUCACAGACGAACCCAGAGCCAGCACGUCCAGCGUGGUGAAGCGCAUCUUGCGCAAGCGGGAAGCGGAUUCACAGCCAGAUGAAGCUGCUAAGCGAAAACUACGCCAAAAUAUGGAGAAGUCUGCAAGUGACAGACUUAAACUUCUUAAAACAGUUCGCCGUCGCAAUCACGUGGAGGAAGAAGAGCGACCUGCGCUUAAACGCUCUAAGGCUGACACUGAAACCAAAACGAAUUCAAAGGCUAAACUCAUCUCUAUCAUUGGUAAUGAGACCAUCAUUUCAUCCACGAAGGUGCCUAUUAAGGAAGCGAAAACCGAGUCUGCCAAGGCAUCUCCACCUGUAAGAAAGUCGGCGGUAAAGGAUUCAAAACACAUUGAGAUCACGAAGCACGUAAUUCUGACCCCACCUACCAAAAAGCUGGUGAAGGCUAGUAGUCCUACCUCGACGGUCAAAAAACCUUUGGUGCAGACUCUGCUAAGUUCCACUCUCAGUCUACAAAAACCCUCGUUGGAUGAUGAUGGAUCCCCUGUGACAACCAAGAAAUCUUUGAGCAAAACGGAAUCCGCAGAAAACAAGACCGAUGAUCAGCCAGUACUCAGCAGCUCCAUUGUGGUGACUAAGAAGUCCUUACCACCCAGUAAGAAAAUUGAAGCUCCGAAGGAAGAUGUUACGACGGCUGCUCCAAGAAAGGUUAACAUAUCGGUUUCCGUUGUUCCCCCAAACGAAACUGCAGUAGAGGCUUCUAAAGCUACUGCUGUCACACCCGAAACGUCGCCAAUUUUGCCGCGAAAGACACUGCCUGAGGCACAGAAGUCGUCUAAAAAAGUGGAGGCCAAUACGAAAGCGGAGCUCAAGAAGAAGGCCAAAUCACAGGGCGCUCAGAAUAAAUCCCUAAGGACGGAGGAAACUGCAGAACCAUCAAAGAAAUCAGCUUUUUCAGCUAUGACUGCGCGGAAAUCACUUCCUCAAUCGGAAGCCUCAAAGAAAACUGAGAGCAGGACGACAGCAGCUCCCUCUCAAGUGGAUCGUUUUAAGAAAAUCCAAGCCAGGAAAUCUGAAGGAGCUUCUUUAACUGCAACUAUCCGGGAACGACUUCAUGAAACAGAUGACCCUAAGAAAAUUGAAAACAGGAAAUCUGAAGGAGCUUCUUUGCCUGCAAUAGUUCGGAAAUCGCUUGCUCAAAAAGAUAUCCCGAAGAAGACCGAAGCCCUGAAAUCGGAGGCUCCCUUGAAAGCUGCUUCGACCGAGGAAAGUGACAAUACAUCUAAAUUCGAGGGACCUGGGACAAUGGGCCGGGGUCGCGCCGGCCCCAAAAAAACCAAAUCAGAUCAGCGCAAGACGAAACCCAAGCCAGAGUUAACUUACUCGGAGGUUGAAACUGCUUCCGAAUCGAGGGACUCUUCUCGCGAAGACAGUGCGCGGGCAUCCCGCUGGAUAAACCUGACACGAGCGGCCAGCACUAACAGAUCAUUGGCUCCGACGCCAGUUUCUAUGCACCCCAAUGCUUCUAAGGAGCGAUUUACACUUGCGAUGAACCAACAAUCACCGCUGAUAGAAUCGCAGACCUCGCGAAAGAAUUUUAAGGGUCGCGGACGUGGUGGACGAAAGGGCCAACCCGCUAUGAAAAGAAAGGCAGAAGCAGUUGCAGACGCUAAUGAAGAGGCCAAUCCCAAGCGACCCAGGGACGAGGAUAUUCCAGAGCAAGAAGAUCCCAGCCAGGAGACUAGUUUUGUUGCGUUCCCAGUGAAAAUAAGUGCUGUCGGUUCGACUACCGUUUAUCCUUUAGCAGUUUAUCCUGCGACUAAACCAGCUCAGCAGAAAGCUAAGCUAAGAAAAGUGCGUGUAAGAGUCAAUCGACGCGUCUUUAAUAAAUGGCUCGGGGAGAAGAAUAACCGCGAGAAACAAACAGCUUUUCAAAAAUUAUUAUCACCACCAGCAGCGAACUCGGAAACAGAUUCUGCGGCCGAAUCAAUGUCAGAGUCAAUGCUGCAGCACCAACGAGAACCGGAUGAGGCUCUAAGACUCUUAGCUGUAACCCAGAGAAAAAUACAAGUAAAAAGCUCAGGUCAGCUAGCUCCAACGGCAGCUACUGCUCCUCCCUCCACUUCCGCAAAGGGACAGAAGGUAACCCUGCCACCUAAAACAACCGUGAAAAAAACAGCUAUCUAUCCACUGAGUGAUAAACGUCUUUCCGAAGAUGGAACAUUGCAGAACAAUGCUAAGAAACUGGAGGAUCAGCGAAGGGUGCAAAUGUUUCAUGCCAAGACAAUGCCACUUCCUGUCCCAAUUCCAGAGGUAAAGGAAGAGCCAGAAGAUGAGGUCACGGGAGAAGAUCCACUUGUUGUGCCAAUGCCAGUGGUAGAUACAGCGCCUGUAGUACCGAUGAUUGAGGACAAUGUCCCCAACACUAUUCAAAUCAACAAUCUAGCAGCUGCCACCUCCUCUGGCGCGAGUGUUUCCCGUUUGAUUCCUUCGGCCAGUGUGCCUGGUAAUCCCAAUUCCAUUGGCCAGACCAAGAUGUUCUCCUUCCUCUACCCGAUGCGCUAUAAGAGGUCUUACGACAACGUGGGUCUGGACUUCUGCUGUCCAAACCUAGAUGGACCCAUGCGAGCCAUUGAUUUCACGCGCUUGCACUCGACCGCCGAGGUACCAGUGUUGGAGAUACCGCAGUUUCUGGUUAUCACCACAAAGUUCAUUUCCAAGGCGGAUAAAAAUAUUCCGAAUAAGGUGCGGGCUAAAUUGGAAUCGCUGGGUAAAGUUAAGGGACGUUAUCUCAGUAAGCCAACAGAUUCGGCUACCGUUCCGGAUUAUGGACCCAAUCCUGCUACCGCUAUUCCACCAACUACCGCUCUUGUUCCCGCUGCUCUUGGUGGAACGAGCUUGCCAUCUCCAACUGACCCACCAAAUACAAGCAUCGAUCCAACUGAACUCACUCCCGCUGAUCCCGCAGUGGCUUCUACUUCCCAGCCGUCUUCGACCAACUUAGAUUCUCUGGCCAAACACUUGCCACGAGGCACAAAGCUGACUGCGAAAGUUCUGCCAGCAGGGCCAGCCAUUCCGGCACCAGCCAGACCCUCUCUGGUAGUUAAUCCGCCGCCGACACUCAUCCAAUUGCCAGCGAUUUGCCCUACAGACAAGCAGCGCGUGGAUCUGCAAGCAAAGGUACAAGCAUUUGACCUGGUUCUUCAGAUUCUGAGCCGGCGGGUAGCCACCUUAACAGUGGCCGAGAGACAGCGUACCAUCGAGGAGAUCGUGAGGAACAGCUCGCUAAUGGCCAUAGACGUGGAUGUCGGUACUAAGCUAUUGGAGAACUACGUAAACUACUUAAACAAGGCAACCAGCUCGAGUUCGCCCUUGCCGCAGACCGAAAUCAGCCCGGUGGUUGCAAACCCGACUCCCGUCGCUGCUAGUCCACCGAAAGCAAUCGCAACUACCAGCUCUACUUUUUCCAAAAGCAUCGUGAGCUCCACCACCACCACAUCCUCCGAUACUCCAACUCAGGGGACAAAGAAAGCAGUGCAGAAAGAUCAACUCCGCAGCUCCCUACCCGCCAGUAUUCCUCUGUACGAUGAGCGCAAAAACAUCAUCGGCUUUCAGUGUCCUUCAAAAGGCAGAGGCAUACCUCCGAGUGGGACGCGAAAGGUCGCUCCAGUUGGCACCAGUAGUGCAUCCACAUCCUCAGCAGCAGCAGCGGCGGCAGGAAAGGUGCAGUUGAGGUCCACGCAGGGAGGAAGAAAAAGUACCGGGGGAAAAUCAAGCCAGAUUGUGAGUAUCACAAUGCCAAUAAACAAGCCAGGACAUAAAAUAGUGGUCAGGAAGAGAACAGCAUCACCGAGCAGUCCAGUAUCGACUAAUCAGCCGACACCUGUGCAGAGACCUGUGUUAUGCAAAAAGAAGACCACGCCGAUAAGAACGGCCACUCAGGCGAAGACCACACCCAUACCAACACCGACAUCAACACCACCAGACACACCAGCAUCCACAACGCGAGCUUUAACGCAGCCAAAAGCGACUCCCAGUACAGAGCCAGAUGCCGCCGCACUCGUAGCCCCCGCCGGAAUGAGUCUCAGUAGCACCUCCAAUCCGAAUGUGUUUAUCAUCAACCAGGUCUCGCAGCCGGAGGAGAGCAUCCUGCCCGACUCCAACAAUGCCGUGGAGCCCAUGGAUGCGGAGAUCAAGGGCGAACUGGAUGACUCUACGGAGGCUAUCGUCUGUGCAUACCCCGACCUGGAAAAGCGACUGGAGACUUACAUGCGAAGAAUUUUCUGCAUCAAGGGAAUCGACACAAAGAAUGAGUAUGAUCCCAAUGAAGUGGAGUACUUCGGUGUCCUCAGCCUAGCCGAUGCCAGAGCCCCACGUCGAAAGCUAUGGUACAUGUACUACGCGACGGCGGAUCAAGUGGACAAAACUGUGGAUCGGAUCCAUCGUAAAUAUGGACAGAAGAACAUGUACGAGCUGUUCAGAAAACCGGUGUAUACUGGCGCCGGCAUGCGAUCCCGGGUUAAGAAUCACUUUGGAGGACUGAAGUGGUACGUGAAGGGAAAUAUUUUGGAAGCCCCUCCCGACAGCUCCUACAACGAUGAGAAGGUGGUGAACACUAUCGCAGAUCUGUAUCAGGCUGAAAGGAGAAAAUACUACGAUUACCUAAUAGAUAGGAACAAUGUCUAUAAGACAUGGACCUACCCAAAAGCUGGACCCACUCCCUUAGAUCCCGGCACAGUGGAGUACUUUGGAGUUUUUGGUAUUACUGAUCCCCAGGCCGCUGACCGCAAACUUUGGUACAUCUAUUGUUGUCGGAAGCCCGAAAUUCCCGAAGUUGGGGAGAGAAUACGCCAUAAGUAUGGUAAAAAGAACGUGCACGAAAUAUAUCGGAGGGCCACAUUCAGCGGAGUGGGUUUUCGUAGGAUAGUGAAAGACUAUUUCUCCCACCUAAAGUGGUUUGUCAGCGGAAAUCUCCUGGAAGCCCCUCCGAAAAGUUACUUUAAUGAUGAGAGAUUCGUCAAAACAAUCUCAGAUCUGAAUGAAACUGAUUACGACCUGGAGGAGGAAAUCGACAACCACUUGAGGCGUAUUUUCUACAUAAAGCCAAAAGCUGACUCCCCGAAAUGUAACCCCUACAUAGUGGAGUUCUUUGGGGUUCUCAGUCUGACGGAUCUGCGGGCGCCCGAGCGCAAACUCUGGGUGAUAUACUACUGCAAGCAGCCGGAACUGGACAAAACGGUGGACGAGAUCCACCAGAAGUAUGGGAAGAAGAACAUGUUCGACCUGUACCGCACGCCCGUCUUCAGUGGAGCUGCUCUGCGGGCCAGUGUAAAGAAGCACUUUGCGGGGCUCAAGUGGUUUACGAAUGGAAACCUCCUGGAGGCCCCUCCUAAGAGUCACUUUAACGACGAGCGAGUGGUCAAGACCAUAGCGGAUCUGCACCACCAAGAGCAGCAGAGGCUCUAUAACUAUGUUAUGACACUGUCUGGGUGUGCAAUAGAGCAGGGAAUCGAACCCUUAAAGAUGUCCUCGCGUUCCUCCGAAGAGCGAGGCUAUUUACAUCGAAAAUUCGACAGCAAUGGCUACAAACAAAAGCGGUCCUCGGCAUCCUCCUCGUCAGCCAGGACAACCUCCUCCGGACACAAGGACCGCAGGUCGGACUUCGAUUACCAUGGCGGUCGUCGCCACCAACGCUCCGUCUCCCGUCGGCGCUCCCGCUCGCGUUUGGGCUCGGAGUCGCCGCCGCCGGCACACCGCCGACGCUCGUCCCGCGACCGCCAGAGGAUGCACAAGGCUCGCGAACAUCCCCAGGCCAGUCGCUGCAUUGGCGUCUUCGGUCUGAACACCAACACCUCGCAGCACAAGGUCCGCGAGCUCUUCAACAAGUACGGACCCAUCGAGCGCAUCCAGAUGGUCAUCGACGCUCAUACACAUCGUUCGCGGGGCUUCUGCUUCAUUUACUUUGAGAAUCUCGAGGAUGCCCGUGUGGCCAAGGACGCCUGUUCCGGCAUGGAGGUAGAUGAUCGCCGCAUUCGCGUCGACUACUCCAUAACCCAACGCGCCCACACUCCUACUCCGGGUGUCUAUAUGGGUCGUCCUUCGCGCAGUGUAUACCCGGGACGCUGCCAUUCGCCACGGGCAGAGCGACGUCGCGAACGCGAGCGUUCCUUUUCGCCUGACAACUAUCGUAGCCGGAACAGCUACCGCGACGAUCGCUAUGAGCGCAGCUACCGCAGGAGCUCCAGUCGCCAGCGCUACCGCAACAAAAGCUACAGCCGCUCACGUUCCCCUAAGCUUCGGCGCAUCCAAUCGCGCUACUAGUGCGCCGCGGAGGUGAUUCCUUAACUCGUGCUUCUUGCUGGCCAACUGGACUGUGUCAAACGGCCAGCGGAGGAGCAUACGACUGAAAUAUUGUGUUUUGGUGAAACCAUCCCAUCUAUGGCAUUUGGUUGGCGAACAGCUCACAUCUAGAUUAAUUUCCAAAUUCAUUAUUCACCCAAAACCGCUUCUUAUCAUAAUUAUUCGUUAACCGUCAUUGAUGCUGUACAAAACGUAGUUUGUAAAUAUCAGAUCGAUUACCAACAUUACAUACAGAGGUCCGCAUAGAUUGUGAUAUGUAUUUUAAAGGAACCGCAGCAAACUGAUAAUGAUAACAGAACUAAACUAAUUUUAAUUAUAAAUAUAAUUGUGCAGCAAGUACAAAAUAAAAUUGAAAUUGUACAGAAA